AUGUUCUCACGUACCCUCCUCAACGCCUCCCGCAUCGCUCGAGUGGCGAGGAUCCCCCCCCGGCCAAUCGCUUUCACCCGCACUCAUGCUGCUCCCUCGUUCUCUCGAUCCUAUGCCACUCCCUCAUCAUCCCCUUCGUCAUCCACCGACCCCAACCUUACCAAAGCUCAGGAGCUGAUUGAGUCUGGCACUCGAGCGUUGGAAGACCAGGACUUGUCUGCUGCUCGCGAAUUCUACCAGCAGAGUGUCGAUGUGAAGGAGACUCCUGAGGGUUGGUAUAACCUUGCUAAUUGCGAGUACCACUUGCAAAACAAGGAAGGUGCCAUUGCAGCUUGGGAGAGGUCUAUCGCCCUCCAACCUUUCCCUGAUGCUCACACCAACCUGGCUUCUGCGUACAUCUUUGACAAACCCCCCAAGCCUGCGCUUGCUAUCAAGCACUUGACAGCUGCUUUGGCGCUGGCCCCGGAAGAUCCUGAAAUCGCUUUCAACCUUGCUGCUGUUUUGGAAUCGGCCGGCAAACUUGACACUGCCCUGACACUAUACCAAAAAGCUGAAGCUGGCGGUAUCGACCGUGCCGCUCAGAACGUCAGGAAUGUCAGUGCAAAGCUUAUCGGAGAAAAGGCCAAGCAACAAGGGCCCCAAUGA